AUGGAAGCCAAUACGAUAACUAUACAUUGGCACGACGAGAACCUGCCUAUCUACUCGGUGGAUUUCCAGGCAUCAGAAAACAACAAAUCACCUCGAUUCGCAACCGGAGGAGGUGAUAAUAACAUUCGAUUAUGGGACGUACAAUACACUCCAUUUGCAGUCAACUAUCUAUCUACUCUCCUGAAACAUACCCAAGCUGUCAAUGCCGUCAAGUUUGACCGCACGGGGAACUUGUUGGCCUCUGCCGGUGAUGACGGGUCGUUAAUCAUCUGGAAACGAUCGGACACCAUAGUAAAGGAAUUUGGUAGUGAAGAUGACGAUGAUGCAAAGGAAUCAUGGAUAGCGAAAAAUAUCUUACGAUCUUCAACAUCUGAAAUCUAUGACAUAUCUUGGUCUCCAGACUCGAAAUUUAUAGCUACAGGUUCAAUGGACAAUAUAACGAGAGUGUAUAGCGUUGAGGCACCCAUAGGACAAGUGUUCCAAUUGAAUGAACAUUCACAUUAUGUUCAAGGAGUUGCUUGGGAUCCACUUGGGAAAUAUUUAGCAACGCAAUCGGCAGAUAGAAGUGUCAAUGUUUAUGAAUUAAUGGCAAAUAAUGAACCAAAAUUACUUGGAAAGAGUCAAAAGGCAAAUUUCUCUAUAGUUGAACCAUCAACCGCAUCACACACACCAGAUAGAAACAUUGAGUCUAACUCUAUAGAGCCUGAUUCAACUUUAGAUCCGAUACAAUCGGUAAUUUUAGCCGCUACAUCUGCUGCAGUGGCAUCGACUUCGACGACACCCAUUGCCCCAAUUCCUAAAAAAUCAAGAACUUCAUUACUUUAUCAUUCAGAAACUUUACAAUCUUUCUUUAGAAGAUUAACAUUUUCUCCAGAUGGAAGUUUAUUACUUGCACCUCUGGGAGUAUUCAAACCAGAUGGCGAAGAAUCAGAGGAAACAAAUACGAUAUAUAUAUAUACACGGGCAGGACUCGGAAAGGGCCCAGUUUGUCAUAUUCCAGGAAUGAAAAAGCCAGCCAUUGCAAUUUCAUUUUCUCCAAUAAAGUAUACUAUUGACAAAUCAGAAUCGGAAGCAGCAUUUCAACUUCCUUACAAGAUGGUAUUUGCAGUAGCUACCCAGGAUUCGGUAAUUGUUUAUGAUACGGUGAAUUUGAAACCAUUAGGAUAUGCUUCAAAUUUACAUUAUUCAACUAUUACUGAUUUGGUUUGGAAUAAGGAUGGACAAAGUAUAAUAGUUAGUUCUACUGAUGGAUUUUGUUCAUCGAUAAUAUUUAAAGAAGGCAUAUUUGGGAAGAAGGAGAAUAGAGAGGGAGAAGAAUUGAGGGUAAAGGUGAAGGAAGAACUUAAAAAAGAACUGAAGGAAGAACAUAAAGAAGAAUUUAAAGAGGAACAUAAAGAGGAACAUGAAGAAGAACUUAUGGAGGAACGUAAAGAGGCACUUAAAGACAUCAAAACGACUCCAAUUGAACAAUUCGUUCAUCUGACUAAGAUUUCUAUAGAACAGAAAGCUACCCAACCUACAAACCCAUCCAUUGAACUGUCUAAUGUUGUUGAUAAAAAUAUUCAUAAACAAGAAGUGAAAGAAGUUCCUACCAAGAAAAGAAGAAUUCAACCAAUACUAAUUGAAUGA